AUGGAGCAAACGAAAAGACGUUUGGCAACAUUCACUUGUGGUAAAAUGUGUGACGACAAACAUGGUAAGUCACCGAAGAGUGAUGAAGAGAAUGAGCUGUCGGCCAGCGAUGAGUCUGAGCCAGAGGAGGCCCCCAGCAAUGCACCGUUUGACCCAGAGCUGGACGCGGAGGACGAGGAUGAGGAGGAAGACCACAACAAAGUAGAAAACCUCGGUCAAGACGGUUCCCCAAAAACCAAUCCUUUCAGCCUCAAAGGUGGUAGCUCUAGUUUCUCCAGCCGCAGUCACAGCAUCUUCGACUGCCUGGACAGCAUGGCCAAGAUGACGUCCUCCAAUUUGGGCCAGGACAAUGUCAUAGAUGGCGUAUUUGCCCGACCUUUGCCCCCUCCUCCCAGCCGUAAAACCAGCCACCCUCCUUCAAACAGCCCCAUCCCCACCAAAAAACGAGGGGUGCCCGAUUAUCUGGUGAACCCAGAUCGCUGGACCCGCUACAGUCUGGAAGAUACCGCUGAAACAAGCGACCAGGGCAAUAGCCGGGUGGCACAUCAGUAUCUGGCCAGUCUGCUGCAGAAAAAAGACGAGCCAGUGAACCGGGACUCUUGUAACAUCCACGACAAAAUAAUCUUCUCCAAGCCAAAUCGGGUCGGAAAGGAUCCGCUCGAAAGCAAGACAGAAAAGCUGAGCAAGGAGAAGGGAAUGCGUCUAAGCCAUUUGAAUGAGGAUGAAGAUGUGGAGGAGGGAGACAGAAAAGAAGUGCAAAAUAAACAAAACAAAGACGAGUUGGACAUUAAGAACAAACUGAUUAGUGUCGAGAAGGGAGACGGAGUAACACAAGAGGCUACACAGACCGACACAGGAUUUGGCUCAUUCAAGAAAACGCACCAAAAAAUGUUCAGAAAGCCCGCAGAAGAGAGUAGCCAUAACUAG